GCUGUGUCAUGAAAUAAUUAAAAAUUGAAGCAAUGGGAAACACCACCAAUCUACGUGGAAGAUAAAAAAUAACCACUCAAAACAUUUAAAAAGGGCAUAAAUGACACAGCUAAAGUAAAAUGAGGAACAGGUAGACAGACUGAAAAGAAGAUAUUUGAAACAGAUGGCAGUCGUGCUUUUUGAAAACGUGUUAGCCCAACAGCUUACCAAAUUUCAUUUUUGUUGUUUGUAACUUUUGAUAAGGUUUGAUCUAGUGCUUGGGAGUCAUAUUGGUUUGAUGCAAAGCUAUGAUUUUGUCAUUCACAAGUUAUUUCUCGAGUUUCAUAGCAAAUAUGGACGUGUGUACUUGAUAUUAUUAACAAAAUGAAAGUAAAACAGACAACCGUGACACAAGCCCUUUAAAUAAGUAAAGUUUUUCCAAUGCUUUAGGGAUAUUGCAACUGCGAUUAAGGACUUACUUGAUGCUGUAAAUGAGGUGUUUAAGAACUGUCAAUCAGUUGGAAAGAUGCUUCAGUAUAAAGAGGUAUGCUAAGUUUUAGGAGUAUAAAUGCUCAUCUUUUCUCACCAAUGAUGUUGGACACCUUCCACAGUGACUGUGUUUUUGUUGGAAAUUCUUUGUGUCAAUUUUAAAAUAACAGUUCAAGGCAUUGAAAGUCCUUGAAAAUUGCAGUCGGUGCUGGAAAGUCCUUCAAUUUCAAUCCUAUAUAUAACUUCAUAGUUUAAGUAGAAAUCCAAAGAGAAAGGAGCAAACUCAGAAAGACCCUCGGGAUAAAAUUACUCACGUUAUGGAAGAACUAAAAAGGACAUAGACUCAAGGUUCAUUUUUGCACUGAAUGGAGUCCUGGAAAAAUGGGAAAUGUAGCCUUGAAUGUCCUUCAAAAGUCCUUGAAUUUAUUGUUAAAAAAGGGUACCAACCCUGCAAACCGGUCCUGUUGGAGUUGAAGCUUUGUCUUGUCCAAAAAUUUUCUUUUGUUCCAACAAAUUUACGUAACUGCUGGCCACGUGCUGAGUGAAAACGCUCUGUUGAUCGAGACGUUUAGACCGCCUACUGAGGUCUUCCUCGGUCGCAACGUAGUGAGAAAAACGGUAAACGAGCCCUUAAAACAACACAUUAAUCGUAUUACUGUAUUGUGUUUAUUAAUCUGUCGUUUUUUCUCCUUUAGGGCCUGGAGAGGAACAAGAAAGAAUUUGUAAAAUAUUCUAAAAAUUUUAGUGACACUUUAAAGCAGUACUUCAAGGAUCAAAGGUAAGCUAUACAUUACUACCAAAACCAGUAAAGUAGAGAACUGGAGAUGAGGUUACUGAUAGGGCUCCGGUUCUGAUCCCCUUCCCCGUGCUUGUUAACCGUUAUCCGUUUUUAGUAACGUUUGUAAAGAGACGUAAUCAUUUAGUUGUAUUUUCACUGUGCGAACGAGACCCUCAUGGGUUACUGUGCACUAACUUACUUUUACUGUUGUACAUAAUUUUUUUUCUUGAAUUUAUCACUCGUGUUUGUGUUUGCAGUGUUAAAUUCAAGGGCGCUUUCCACUCUCCAGAGCUGGACGGUCAGACCAUUCACGUCAUAAUGAGAAUUUCACUUUUAAUCAAAACUAUCCAGUCACAUCAGUCAAAUCAUAAAUAGCGUGCACGAAGGAGAAGGCUUUUGUGCGAAAAUCCUCGGAAAAAGCUUAUUGCUUGUCAAAAUAACUGGUCCGGUUAUGGUCCGGCAAUCCAGUUCUGAUUUUUGGAACCGCCCUUAGUGUAUAAUUCAUGUUUUUGCAAUUGACCUUCCAUGUUCGACCACCUCUCUAAAACGACCGCAACCACUUUUUUGUUUUACGGUUUCAGAAUUUCCAUUGUUUUCAUACUCUUGUAAGCGACUACUUGAGGCAUAGUUUGAUCUCUUUGUUCGCUGAAUGUAAUUCGAGUACGGGAUGAACCUAACCUUUAGUGACAACAUGAAACUGUAGACAUACCGUAACUUGAAAAUUGCAUGCAAUGAAUUUUCUUCCAAAAUGUAGAUGUGUUCGGACAUCUAGAAAGAGAUCCAACCUCUGGUUGGAUACUCGUAAGCGACUACCUUCCGUAAGCGAGCACUAAAUCUUCGAAUUUUGAGUGGUCGCUUACGGAAGGUUGGAUAGUACUUAUUAGAGAGUUUUAGAUCCGAGUUUAAAGCGAACCUCUAACCGCUGGAGUUCACGUAACAAGUCUUUCGCGUCACGUUUGAGGUUUACGACGUGCGUUUUCAACGUGGGGAGGUAGGUUUUCGCGUAUGUCAUUUACCUGAAAGCUUUUAGCGUAUAAUUCUUGUUUUAUCCCACGUAAUGACACAAAAAUCUUGUGGAGCAAGUCUUUAGCCAUUAACAGAUGCACACACUCGAGCGAAAUGCUAAAUUUGAUAAAUCCUUUUGGAUCUUGAAAACGAGUACCAUUCAUGGCUGCUGAUUCAAAAUGGUGGCCGUAAAUUUGCGAGAACUACUGUAAGAAUUUACAGCUCUUUGUUGCUAGAUAACCCAUUAUUAGCGUAAAUUUCUAUUAUUUUCACUGAUUGAUAUUUCCUCUAUUUCUAAAUGGAAAAAUAAACCAGAAUCCAUUUCUUUAAUCCACCGCCAAUCUAAAUCGAAUUAUGUUUGAACGUCGAACCGCAAACGGGUAACCGCAAACCGCGGUUAGAGGUUCGCAGUAAACUCGGAUCUAAAACUCUCUAUUAUUUCCAUUUGUUACUUAUUGAAUAAACGUCAUUCUCUUGCGUAAUUCUGACUGUCAUUGUUCUUUUUCAGGGCGGAGGCAGUAUACAUUAGUGCCAAUAAACUCAUCAACCAGACAAACCACAUCUUGUACAUGUUUAAGCUUGCGGGAAGCUCGUGAAAAUUUCCUAGGGAGCUCUGUACAAUACCGUCCACUUUUGUAAAAUUUUAAUACUAACUUGUUAGAUUAACUACAAUAAGGAACCAAUCAUUUUGUAUAAUGAGGCUUUUGUAGCUAGGUGAGGGUCUAAAUAAAAGCUUUAUUUGCU